AUGCUUGUCCAACUGCUACUUUUCUGUGUCCCAUUCUCCUCACUUGUUUUCAAAUAUUCGCUGAAGGAGGAACUACCAAUUGGGACUGAAAUUGCAAAUCUUAAAAACGACUUGCUCGAUGCGGAUCCUCACAUAUUCGACACGUGGGACAUCUCUUCCCUCCAAUUUUCGACCAAAAAUGUACUUGCGGCAUACCUGCAAUUCACCUCAUUCGGAAAUAUCAAAGUAUGUAUGCAUUCUAUGCAUUUCCAGAUCAAACAACGAAUCGACAGAGAAGAACUCUGCGACAAUAGUCCACUGUGUUCCUUUGUAGCACACGUGGAUAUUUUACAGUAUGAGAACUGGUCCUCAAGGUCUUUCCAGAUAGAGUUUACAGUAAAAUGGAAUCUAAAUAACUUUUUGCAGAUACUGGACGUGAAUGACAACCCUCCUGAACUGUCCAUUGCGUUUCUAGAACUUGAAAUACCAUUUACAGUGAAUGUCGGAUUUGAAAUUAGACUGGUAAAUGCCACUGAUAAAGAUUCUUCGAAUCAUUCAAACAAUAAAUACUCGCUCUCUGUUAAAAAUGAGUUCUUUUCCGUCGAAAAAGACAUUCCUACUUUAAAAAUAACUCAACAAAUCAAAAGCAGGCAAGUUUUUGAGUUGAUUUUGAUGGUUUGGGAUCAAAACAACCCCUCCUUCUACAGCGAAUUACUGCUUGUCAUAAAAAUUACGGAAAAAUUAGUUUUUUGGGGAGAAUUUGUCAACGUCGCAAUAAUUAACGAUCAAAUGGACUUUGGAAGCAUUUUAUGGACUAAUGAGCCACCAAUAACUGGAAAGUGCGAAUAUUUGUUAGAAAAUCCGUCAAAAAAUCUCGAAAUUGACAUCCAGAAUGGGAAAAUCAAACUCCUUAAAAGAAUGUCUGCACAAAAUCAGCCACUGAUAUAUUUCGUAAAAACAACUCAAAAAAAUCAGAAUUUUAAAUUCACCUUUUUGUUAUACGUGAAAAAACACUUUCGACUGAAACCUGUGAUCGAUUUUAUGGAGACAGGAAACGUGGCCUCAAUUUUCGAAAAAAAGAACCACGAGAAUAUAAAGACAUUUCGCGUGUAUUAUGAACACAGUAAAGGGCCCAAACGUGCCGUUUGUUUUUCUCCGUCGUCAUUGGUCAAUGUAGUGAUAAACGAAAAUUUAUAUUCGGUUAUUACAAAAACGAGUUUUGACAGGGAAAAAACGGACUCAGUGCAAAUUCCGAUUAUUUGUUCGGACGAAGGAUUUCCUUCACAAAAAACUUCAAAAACUAUAAAAGUUCUGGCUAAUUUAUAA